CUGUGGAGCCACAUGUUCAAGUGUCGGAGAGGGAUGCUAUUCUAUUUCGUUUCGUAGCGACACAAAUUAUUUUAGACUCCUCCUUCUCCAAAUAGCUUUCUUUUCGUCGUUUUCGUCUGCCGUCCAAGCAAGUCCUACGCGUCACGUGAAACAUCAAACUAAAAAAUGCCGCAAGUCACGGAAUUGGAGAAGGGAGCCCCUACUGUUCAGGAUGGUUCGGAUAACACUGAUUCCGACUCUGAUGACUCGGUACCAGAGUUGGAAGAUGCCGGAACGGCCGUACAAAGCCAAGUUGCUGCCGCUGCUGGACUUCCAGAAGAGCUGGUCAGCAAAGCUAAGCAAAGCCGGGGUGAGAAAAAAGCUAGGAAAAUCAUGUCCAAACUUGGCUUGAAGCAGGUCACUGGUGUAAGCCGGGUUACCAUCCGUAAAUCCCGAAAUAUUCUGUUUGUUAUUAACAAACCUGACGUGUACAAAAACCCUGCAUCAGACACAUACAUUGUGUUUGGAGAAGCCAAGAUUGAAGACCUAAAUCAGCAAGCUCAUAUGGCUGCUGUUGAGAAAUUCAAGGCCCCUGAGUUGAACCCUACUGAAGCUGGAGCUCAUGGCACAACAGUUCCUGCUCCUAUACAAGAGGAAUCUGAAGAAGAAGUGGAUGAUGCUGAUGUAGAAGAGAAAGACAUUGAUCUUGUCAUGACUCAGGCAAAUGUGACACGAGCAAAGGCCAUAAAAGCACUCAAGAACAAUAAGAAUGACAUUGUAAAUGCUAUAAUGGAACUUACAAUGUGGUGAAAGACGCUCUGCACGAAAUAACAUCGUGAAUUAUUUCAAUACAAGUCAUAAAGUGAAAA